UGGGGAGAAAUUUUUUUAUCAAGCGUCUCGGUCUUACUGCUUGGCUGUUGUUUCUCUCUCAGCCCGGAUUGGCCCUGUCAGCCAGGGUUGUAUGCCUGCCUUCCAAAUGAUUUAAAUUGUGUCCAUGUUGGUGUAAAAACAUCUACAUUAAAAUUCAUUUAAAAAAGAAGAAAAAGUAUAUAUAAUUUUAAAAAAUAUUUAUUCUUAGAUGACCAUAUAGAUGGAUGUCCAUCUUGUGCCCAACGGUUGUAGAGACUUCCCGGGGUGCGGCCCCUUUCAUCGUUACCAUGGCAACCAGUGCUGAGCAGAACGGCGUCGAGGGCAAGGUCAAGGACUCUGCGGGCGCUGUUGGGACCGCAGCUGGUGGUGACGUGAUGGAGUGAGCAAGACAAGCUCAGAGCCAGAGGAAGACUCACGGAAACCCACAGAGGAGGAGUUGCUUCGACAACUAGAGGAGGCAAAUCGAAUGCUGGAGGCAGAUGAGAAGUCAUACCCAACUUUGGCCGCCUUCUCGGCGACACCGGGCCACUCACGGAAGGGCUCGGGUUCGAGCAUUGUAUCAAGCACGUCGUCCAACAGCUUCUACAGCGCGCAGAACUCAAAUGAGUGUGAGGACCCCAAUGUAGAUCCGAACCAGACUCCCGUGCCUGCUGCUGCCCCUCCGACGUCAACGCCUGAACCGACCGUCAAGCAGAAGAAAGCGUUCUUGCGAGCCCUUGGCAAAAACCGCAAGAGGAUCUUAACCUUGAAGCGGAACUCGGUGCCAGAUUUGAUCUUAAACGGCUGCGAGUCCCCCGCCUCUUCCUCUAUGCCCAGCUCCCCUGUCACCAAAAAUAGCCCAUCCCUCAUGUCCCCGGCUGGCACCGAGGGUCAAGGUCACGAGGGCUCUGAGCAAACGGCCGACCCUGUCAGGACUAUCUUGGGUACAUCAAGCGAGACUCUGUGGGAGAUCUGGGGCCGGAUCAUCAACGACUGGGAACCUGUCCGGAAGAAACCUGCCUUCCUCAGGGAGCUGGUGCGUAAGGGUAUUCCUCACGAGUUCCGAGGCAUGGCCUGGCAGCUGAUCCUGGGUGUGCACGACUCAGUGUGGAAACAAGAGUACGCUGAACACAUGAAGAAAACGUCACCGUGCGAAAAGCUGAUACGACGCGACAUCGCGCGCACCUUCCCGGACCACGACUUCUUCAAGGAGAAAGACGGGUUUGGGCAGGAAAGCCUAUUCAAUGUCAUGAAGGCUUACUCGCUGCAUGACCGUGAGGUGGGGUAUUGCCAGGGCAGUGGCUUCAUCGUAGGACUUCUGCUUAUGCAG